UUGCCCACCACCAGAGGCUGCCGAACCUGCCCUCACUGCAACAGAAGCAGCUGGUGCUGCUGCCCAACCGAAUUUCCGCUGCAGGGGUUGCAGUCGAAGCCUCUGGCUGUUGCGUGAAGGGGCAAGAAGCAGCAACAAAAGCAGCAGUGCAGCUAAAGCAAAUUUGUCAGAAGCUCGUUAAGAGCAAUCGCAAGGUGGAGGUAGAUCUUGAAGUGGCCAAUCUAGAUGUUCAACGGCGAAUUGCUUCCUCGAUGCUGGUGGCUGCACACUCAAGGGUGGAGGACAAGACAGGACGACUGUCCCCUGAAGAAGAAAAUAUCUUGGCGAUGUGGGACGAGCGGCAUAAGGUUGCUCAAGAGGCGCUCAUAUCGAUGCAGGAGCAACUGCAAGUGUUGAAAGAUACAACAGACCCGCUGGACUUCACGUAUAGGGCGACCGGGGCAGCAAGUGCAUUAAAGGGUGCAGCACCCCUUCUGCGGGACCUACUCAAUGGACUGUCAGAAUUCUUGUCCAGCCCAGCGUUCCUUGGUGCCAAACAACAUCGGAAGAAAGAGGCACGUAUGGAGGAUGUGGUUUCCGGUGUGGAGCAGAUUAUGGACUUGCCAACUGCGAUGAAGUCCAUUGUUGAGGCAGCAGCAGUAGCCUAG